UGAAUCUCACUUAAAAUGCACAUUUUCCCAAAGGAUGUUUGAUACUGUAAGAAACUUUCGUAUUCAAUGUGGAUUAAAACGUAAGUAAACACACUUGAAACCAAACACUUCGUAGAAAGCGUUUCAAAAUGAACAAAAAGCCGUUCCAAGGUCAUCAGCGGUGUGAUAAGGCAGACACAUAUCCUGUCAGUGUAUUGUUAGCUCUGCAAUCAUUUGUCACAUGCAACAUUAAAAAGAAAGUUUAACUUGAGGAAAAGUCAUCAUGGCUCAUGACGAAGUAUUCUCCACAAAAAGUCCCCCUGUUCCUUUUGUGUACAACUUUGGACAACUGACCACUGGUAAACUUGUGAAAAUAGAUGGCGUUUCGCAUGCAAAUCCUAGCAGGUUUACAAUAUACAUCCAGCAAGGUGGUGACAGAGAACCUCACGAGAUUGGAAUGUGUUUUGAUGCCAGGUUCAAAUUCAACGCAGAUAAACAUGUAAUAGUACGUAAUCACAAGCAGGGUGGUUGGGGAACAGAAGAAAGGGACAUUCCGUUCUUUCCGUUCCACGAAGGCAAACCAUUCAGUAUUACCAUAUUGUUUCAACAAAACUGCUUCAAGGUUACUGUGAACAACACCGAUUUCCUAGAAUUCAGUCAUCGAUUUCGUCCAAUGGAAUACCAGAAUACGGUCCGCAUUGAUGGUGACGUGCAGCUUUCACAAGUGGUUAUCCUGCAACGAAUUUCUUACGGUCAGCAAGAGACUUCGACAGUAUAUGGAGAAUGUGUUUAAUUGUAUAACCGAAGUAUUCUUGUUUCAGAUAGUUUUUUUUUCAUAGACAUGAUCUCAAUAUUAUAUCGCAUUUGCUUGUACAUAAGUAACCAAUAAAGACAUACUUUCGUUAAAUUACACAUAAUAAGAAACCCAUAUACACUAUAAGCAUUUACUGCCAAUUUCAGAAAAGCUCGCCGAAUGGGCGUUUACAUCAAACGCAUGUAGUAAAUGACGUAGCUGUCACUCUAGUUAUCAGUGAGAGGAUCACGCGUGUAGUUUGCUCCGCCCAAAAGUGUAUUUCUAUCGAUCGCAGUGGUUUAAAAUGUACAAAAAACGAUGUAAAGGGUUAGGUACAAAAGUAAAAUAUUGCGGGAAUUUAUUUCAAGAUAAUCCUGCAUAAUGCGUACAUACUUGUGCAUGACACGUCCGCAGCAUAUACACAUAAAAUUAUUUAGAUUAAAGAUUUGAACUGUCUGAGGAUUGACACUGAUGUACCCUAAACGAAAUACAACAAAACUUAUUAUUUCUUAGUUCGAUUCUUUCAAACCAAAUCAUUCGGAGAAGUAACAACAAACACUGUGAUGUAUUGAGUAGGUACAGUCUCGUAUUGUGUAUUAUACUUUAACAAUAUUUCUUUACAAUUAUACUUGUAGCAGUGUCACUAUAUCGUUAAAAAACAAAGUUUUGUGUAAAAAGUUUUCAGUCUGUUAAAAACUAGAUCUAUGUGUCUUUCAAUCUAAUCAUGUGUCAACAUUUUCAAUGUUCAUUCCAAAUGUAUUACAUAAUGAUAAGCACAGUUCAAGUAUCGAAAUUGUAGAUUGACAACUCUCCUUAUAUAGUCCAACAUAAACAAUUCAUCAUUUGUUUUCCUAGUUCUUGUAAACGAUCACUUCAAUCAUUUGUAAAUUUAAUGACUAUUAAUAAACUUUGAUAAUGUAGCUGUUGACAUCUUUACAAUCGACACCAUUUACUUUCAAAUACAGGUUGCAAUAUAGUCCCAAGGUAAUUUUAUGACGGAUAUCUUUCAACACCCCUGGGCUUAUCAAGGAUACAUACAAUACUCCAACACCACUCAUUGAGUACACUCAAGUAAAUUGCCUAACGGUCACGUCUUUACUCAGGAAAGAUUCCAUUUGUAUUCAUAAAGGUGAGUGACAGUCGAGCCAACUCUCAAGAGUGAGUGACUGUUGAGGGAGGUCCUGUGGACCCUUGAGUGUUUCUCAAGGUCUCAUAAUGUUAGUUUAGAUGAUAAAUUUUCAAUAUCUAAUUAAUUUGAACGUAAGAUAACAGUGUCAUGUUAAAGCGGGAGUUCAUAUUUGUGCAAGGUAUUUUGGAAAAAUAUAAUAUGUUCUUUUUUAAUACAUGCUGUUGAGAACGAUGAAAACACAAAAAGGCCCAGCAAAUCAAAAGACUGUUUGAAUAUACAAUUACGAAACCUAGCCUAACGGGGCUCAUCAGUCACUCCCAGAAACACACGACGUAGUAAUAGAUAUUUACAUUUCACAAGCUUCGAUAUCCGUUAAUUUAUAUUGAAAUAUAUACAAUCCGUCAAAUUAAAUGUCAUGAAGAACCUAUCAUUAUUAAAUCUCAUUGUUUAAAUGACAACGGAAACAUUUACUUAUACAAAAAAAUAUGAGCCGCGGCAUGAGAAAACCAACAUAGUGCGUCUGUAAUCUGGUCAGGAUCUAUGCUGUUCGCUUUCAACGCCAAUUGCAAUUAGAGUAACUAUUAGCGAACAGUAAGAAUCAUUAGCAGAGUGCACCGAUGCGCAGGUUGAUCUGGAUUCAUGCUGGUCGCAAACGCACUAUUUUGGUUUUCUCAUGGUGCGGCUCAAUUAAGUUUUAACUAAUACGUAUUUCCUUUCCUACAUGGUAAAAAGCUACAUAUGAUGAGAUGUAAUCCGAUUGUCGGUAAAAUACAAUGUGAUGAGGUCACUACUAGUAUAAUUAUGCGUCUAUCUGGGUCUGGUGUCUAAAUGCUACAUGUAUUUCGAUUUUUCAAAGUUCGACGCCCAGAAUUGUCGAAGUUGGACAAGAUAUGAUAGGAAAACUAUAGUUAUGAUUUUAAACUUUCAAAACCACAUGUGGCUAUAUUGUCAAUGGUACGGUCGUUAAAUUCUAGUAUUUGUGACAGGCAAUUUAACGGUGAAUAAAGUCUAUGCAAGAUCGCCUUUUACAAUUCAAAUUCUACUAUCACAGUUUUAAAUGAAAUUAAAGAUAAAAUACUUUUAUCGAUAUUUUCUCUCAAACGAGUCCACUUUUGAGACACGUAAGUUCUGUAUAUAUACGCGUGAUGUGUAAAAUCUUAAAACAAAGGAUAAUUGUCAUCGAUUGAAAUUUCGUUGGAAAAGUCUUCCAUAUCAAAAAUUAUAAAUUUUUCAUAGAAAUCCGUCAAAUUAUUACUGCAUACAGAAACCAUGUAGUACGUGAUGUCAUGAACAUUUUAGUCAAACGGAAAAAAUAGAUGUAAAAAUAAGCUGUGAGUCUAACUCGUCGCCCUAAGUCAAUGCUGACUUCUGCUUUAUUGCAAUAAUGUGCACGUGUGAUUUCUAAAGUAGGAAUUGUAGUAUCCAUCCAUCAUGUGACUAUCCCCGUAGUCAAGUGGUUAGUCGCUAACUUGAAAUCACUGUAAUCUCUGAUUUGGUCAGUUGGGUGGGUGGGGAGGGCACGGGUUCGAGCCUUGCUACCGAUCACAUCUCUUUAUCUGAGAAAUUUGGACGUUUCUUGCAGGGGUUCUUCCCAUGUACCACGGCUAUAUUUCAGUUAAUUCGAGCCAAUAUUUGGUAGAAUCUCAAACUCACAGAACUGUUUAUUACCUUUAUAGCUUGAGUAACGUAUUUAAACAGGGAGUUUAUGCUUAAAUUAAAUAUUUUACAUUUUUGACAUGAAAAGUGAUGCCAAUCGGGCUAUGAUUUACUAUUGUAAACUUAGAUCUCUGACCAAGUGGUAAAAACACAUGUGUAAUUUUACAUGUAUAAACUUUAUGCACUGACUUAAUUUGCAUUUUGUAGUGAGGCUAUAAUGGAUUAAUGAUUUUUGUCAUCGCUGACAGAAAAAUUAAGUACUUUUAGAUAAUCAUGAUAAUGCGACACUAAUCGGGACAGUUUUACGUAAUUGUAAUCAGUCACAGGUUGUAAAAAAUGUUGGAUUUGAAACUGAUUCUGAGAUACGACUUAAACUGUAAUAUCAUCAAGUUUUAAAACCAUAAAUACAUUGUAUGACUGGCAAUUUAUGUGUUGUUAAGACAAAUUAAUGGGAAAAACCCACAUAACUUGACUCGCGACCUGGGCGGAGUUAAUGUAAAUGACGGUUACAAAAUUAGCCACUCACGAUAAGAAAAUCGAUAUCAGUCAGUGACUACAAGUGUAUGAUGUAAACACUGAAACGGCGAGCUAUUCUGAAAUUGGCAGUAUAACAAUAGAUGCGAAACUCUUGUCCGAAUAUUUAUAUAUGGCACACGUCAAAUUCACAACGCUUGCAUAAUUAUAAGGGUCAUUCUCCAUCUUUAAAACUGAUCAUUUAAUAGGCACAACCCUUUGUUGCCAAGCGCUAUAAUGAAGUACAGUUACAGAAUUCAUGGCUUGUUAUUUAUAUGAGCCGUCAUGAGAAAACCAACAUAGUGGG